CUAGACGCUCGGUCAUAUGUUUCUGCUGCCGCUGCUGCUAAUGCUGUCGCUGUCGCCGUCGUCGUCGUCGUCGUCGUCGCUGCCAUUGUCGCUAGUUUGUUUUUAUCCAACUGUGCCGGUCGGCAGACUCAGAUCUUCGCUGUAGACGGACGCUUGAGAAUUGAGUGAAGUUUUGUGUGCGCGCGCAAUUGUUUUUCAGUUUUCGUCGCUUUCGAUAUUUGUCUCCUUUUGUUACGUGCCGGCAGUGCGCCGCCUGCAUAUGCGUGUGUGUGCGCGCUUACUUGUGUGUGCGUGUUGAGUGCAUAUGUGCAUCUGUGUCUGUGGAAGCGCGCAGACAACAAAAGAAAAUUUACCGGUCCACCUUCAGCGCUUCCUUGCCCUUGCCCAAUGCCGUUAUUCGCACUGCCAAAAUAACCAAUCGAAUUUUUUUUUCGCAUACAAGUUGAAUAUUUUACAACUCAACUCGCUAAGCGCUUCUACAUUAUAAAUUGGACCAACAAGAAAUAUUUCGCACAAUAAUGGCGUUGAUGAGACUGGCAAGACAACUGGGCCUGAUCGACACGUUGUAUGUGGAGGGCGGACGACCAGAUCCAGCCAACGCCUUGGAUGAACUGCAGAACGAAGCCGAUAUCAGCAUCAACGGAAUCGCCGGAGACACUGGAUCGGCAGCCACAACAGCCACAGCCUCGGCCGGAGUCAAGACAAAAAAAUCACGCAAAUCGAAACAGUUUGCGAUGCAGCCAUUCAGCCAUGUGAUUGCCGUUGAUUUUGAGGCCACGUGUUGGGAGAAACAGGCGCCGCCACAGUGGCGCGAAGCCGAGAUUAUAGAGUUUCCAGCGGUGCUCGUCAAUUUGAAGACGGGCAAGAUUGAGUCGGAGUUCCACAAGUAUGUCAUGCCAAUUGAGUCGCCACGUCUGAGCACCUACUGCACGGAGCUGACGGGCAUCGAGCAGAAGACUGUGGACACGGGCGUGCCGCUGCAGACGGCGCUGAUGAUGUUCCACGAGUGGCUGCGCAAGGAGCUGCGCUCCCGGAAUCUGAUACUGCCCAAGACGAGCAAAUCAAAUCUGCUGGGCAACUGCGCCUUUGUCACCUGGACGGACUGGGACUUUGGCAUCUGCCUGCACAAGGAGUGCACGCGCAAGCGCAUGCGCAAGGCGCCCUAUUUCAAUCAGUGGGUCGAUGUGCGCGCCAUUUACCGGGAGUGGUACAAGUACCGGCCGUGCAACUUCAGUGAUGCCCUCUCGCACGUGGGCUUGGCGUUCGAGGGACGUGCGCAUUCUGGCAUCGAUGAUGCCAAGAAUCUGGGCGCACUCAUGUACAAAAUGGUCAGAGAUGGUGCACUCUUCUCCAUCACCAAGGAUCUGACGCCAUAUCAGACGCUGAAUCCCAAUUGUAUAUUGUGAGCCAGCGAUCGAGCGAGAACUCCCUCCAAGCGAUAUCCAAUGAAAACAAAAACAGAAAGAAAACAUACAAAAACAAAUUGCACUUAGUUACCGACUUUUAAUAAACAAUUAAUAUUACGUAGCUGGCGAUGAUAGAUCGACAGUUCAUAAUGUGAGAAUAGCCUGCAAAAUAUUCGCGUGCGUGUGGCAAAUUCCGAGAUGAGUUCUGCAGAGGCAAUUGAUAAGACUUGAAAAUUCGACGAAUUGUUUCAAAUGAUGCUGCAUGGCCCCACGCCCCAUGCCCUCCCUCUCCUUCACUCUCUCUCUCUCUCCAUUCGUGUGUGUAUGAGGUGUGGGGGUAAUGCAGCAUUUAAUAUAUUUAUAUAUAUACACAUACAUAUGGCCAUAGAGCGUAUUUUUCUACUAUUCAUAUUUAAUAAUGCAUAGUUAAUAAUAGUGUCUAUACUGCGUAUAUGGAAUAUCAUACUUAUGUUCAUCGCCCAAACACGGCCUACAACAUUUAGCUUUAAGCAGCAUUACUAAUAAAACGACAAUAGAUAUAUUCAGAAAAGAUCAACUAGAAA